AUGUCUGAGCAUGACGACGAACCUGCCAGCGUUUCGCUCCGUACUCUUUGCGGGAGAUAUGUGGUCGUAUAUGACCCUGAAGACGACAUCCCUGAGUUCCAGUCGGGUAGUAGUGCGGACACGCUCACUCUCAGAAGCCGCGAAUCAAUUUCCCGAACGAAUCCCCAUCCUGAUGGCUUGAAGGGAGAAUUUUCAUUCGGCACUGUCUCGGGUCGCUUCUGCGAGCUGCGAGCAGUCACUUCGGGCGGCGGCGGAAACAUACCUAAUUGCUGGGAGUUGACCGACAUCGUCGAUUGGAAAUUCCCAGACGAGGGGGACAGGCCGGACUCCAUUUGCAUUCUGGUCGCCAAGGUGAAGGACGAUCACGGUAACCCGUUUGUGGUCAUCGAAUUGGCGUGCGGGAGGAUGGAUGCGACUUGGCUCGCAAAAAAGCAGGAGAGUGUAGGCGUCAAUGAGUUCUUGACGGAUGCGGAGAAGGAGAGGCUGGGGAUGGGAUUGACUGGCAAAAAAGUCCAGAGGACGGCGAAGGAGCAGCAAAAGAUUGGGGGGAAGAAGGAAGCUUCCCGUGGUGGCGGUGCGGCAAAGCGCAAGGCUGACGCAGAAGACGUUGAGGAGAAGCCGCGUAAGAAGGCAUCCAGGAAGAAGUAG